AUGAGGACUACUUCGCUGUUCGUCACUCUCGGCGCAAGCCUUGCCUUUGCUGCACCGCUGGAGAAAGAGAAGCGCGCAGACUAUGCAGUCCAUAACGAGCACCCGGUGCCAGCAGGGUGGGUGAAGCUGAACAAGCCAGAUCCUGCACACACCAUUGCUCUCCGCAUUGGCAUGAAGCAAGGAUCCUUUCCCGAACUCGAGCGUCAUCUCUACGAAGUCAGCGAUCCAAGCCACAGCCGCUACGGCCAGCAUCUCAAGCCAAGCGAUAUUCACGCUCUGACUGCACCACCAGCUCAUGCGCUUGAUGCUGUUCAUGACUGGCUCGAGAGCAGCAACAUUCGUCUUGAGGACUUGGAAUACACGCCCGCGAAAGACUGGGUUGUGGUGGCAUUGCCAGUCUCGCAAGUUGAGGAGCUUCUGGACACCGAGUAUCACGAGUACGAGAAUGCCAAUGGUGACCGUGUGGUUCGCACCACGAAGUACGGGCUGCCCAAGCAUCUUCACGACAUGAUUGAUGUCGUUGCUCCAACAAACUACUUCGGCAACCCCUCCAAGCUGAGAGGUGACGGGCACUCUGACCUGAAAAAGCGAUCAUCUGACUCGAUGAUCGUCGACCUCGAAGUUGAACCAGCUUCCUCCAGGGUUCAAUCGCUUGCUGCUAACGCUGCUGCCGCUCCUGGUAACCUCAGUGCAGUCUGCAACCCAGAGCGAGUAACAAGUCUGUGCCUGCGCACUCUUUACAACACCGUCGACUACACCCCGAAGGUCCCAAAGCUCAACUACGUUGGCACCACGAACUACCUCAACCAGACUCCAAUCUACUCUGACUUCAAGAUCUGGCUGCAGAAGUACCGCCCGGAUGCCGAUCCAAACUACCAGUACAGCUACCAGGUGAUUGACAACGGCGCAAACAAUCAGAGCCCAAAUGCCGAUAUUCUUGAGGCAAACCUCGAUGUUCAGAUGGUUGGCGGCUUUGCGUACCCAACAAAGUUCACCACGUACUCAACUGGUGGUAUGCCACCAUUCAAGGCGGAUUUAUUGACUCCCACCAACACGAACGAGCCGUACCUGACAUGGGUGAACUACGUUUUGACCCAGCCCAGUGCUCCACUCGUCAUCACCACAUCCUACGGCGAUGACGAGCAAACAGUCCCGCAAAACUACGCAACAAGAGUGUGCGCCGAGUUCGCAGCCCUCGGAGCACGAGGCGUGACUCUUCUCUUCUCCGCAGGUGACAACGGUGUCGGCCAGGACGGGACCUGCCGGUCCAACGAUGGCAAGAACACCUACAAAUUUCUACCUUCGUUCCCUGCAUCUUGCCCAUACAUCACCACCGUCGGCGGAACCCGUGGUAUCAACCCAGAGAUUGUCGCUUUCGAUACAGCCAAUGGCUACGUUGCUGGAGGUGGAUUCUCGGAGUAUUUCCCAGCGCCUGUAUACCAGAAGGCGGCAGUCAGCAACUACCUCAAGGGCAUCGGCAGCUUGAACAAAGGUCUUUACAACCCCAACGGUCGUGCUUACCCGGAUAUUGCGGCUCAAGGCUACCGGUUCCUCAUCACGGCUAACGGCACUGAUGCUGCUCUCGAUGGCACGAGCGUCUCUUCUCCUGCGGCAGCUGGUGUCCUUACCAACGUCAACGACGCCCUGCUCGCUGCUGGCCGACCACCUCUUGGCUUCCUCAACCCUCUGAUCUACUCUGGUGUGGGUGCCAAGGGUUUCAACGACAUUACCCAAGGUAGUGUCACUGGAUGUAACACAACUGGCUUCCCUGCCAAGGCUUCAUGGGAUGCUGCUACUGGCUGGGGUACUCCCGACUUCAAGAAGAUCAGAAGCGCUCUCUUCGUCUGA